AUGACCGGUUCCCUGUCUGUCCUCUCCACUUUCUUUUGCCUCGCCCGGGCUUAUGAUCAACUUCUUGGGUUCAACAGCCCCGUGGAGUACGAGACUCGUUCACUGGAUGAGAUCUACAAAGCGGCACUGGCCGAGGGCAACGUGGUCACCUUGUGGCACGGCGGAGACGAGAAAGGCCGCCAAGAUGCCCUGAAGAAUGCAUUUGAAUCCAAAUUCCCUGGCAUAACUCUCAACCUGACGGUUGACCUUUCUAAGUACCACGACGCAUACAUCGAUCAACAGCUGGCAGCUGGAGGCGAUGCUGUGUACGUUGAUAGUGUCAUCCUCCAGACACUUCACGACUACCCUCGAUGGGCUCAACAGGGUGCCCUUCUAAACUAUGCUCCUAACGGCUUUGAUCAAAUUGAACCCGCGUUUCGAGAUGAAUCGGCGGCCUGGUACGGCGUGUAUGUCCUCUCUUGGUCCGGAGCCUGGAAUACAAAUAAGCUCCCCGGUAUUGACCCUCCGGUCGAAUGGGACGACUGGCUCCGGCCUGAAUUCAAAGAGAAACUCGUCUUGACCUACCCCAACGACGAUGAUGCAGUCUUAUUCGCGCAUUAUCUGAUCAUGCAACAGUACGGAGAGGAGUGGUUAGAUGCCUUGAUUGCUCAGAAGCCGCAUUGGGUCCGAGGCACAAGAACACCAUAUACUCUCAUCAGCCAAGAGAACAGCACCUCGGCCGCCUCCUUCGCUGCCUCUGGUGGCUUUGUGCCCACUGCACCCCUCAACUUCUCCCACCCCACACAGGGCAAGUAUGUCAGCUGGCCUCAGACUGCCGCCAUCCUGAAGGACGCGCCUCAUCCAGAGGGCGCCAAGCUUCUCCACAACUUCCUCCUUAGCCCUGAGUACCAAGGGCUGCCAGGGCGAUGGAGCGUUCGCCGAGACAUUCCUGCGCCACAAGGAUUCCCAAAGCUGAGCGAGGAGAAAGCAACCAACCCCACUGAGUUUGCUAGGUUUAUGGCUGAUCGCAAGCUGGUAGAGAGGCUUAGAUUCUACUUUGAAGCCAAGGUUGGCACUGCUCAGGGGUUGAGUCCUUUGAUUGACGACAUUUAA